GGGCGGGCGGGGCCCUAGCCGAGGCCGCGCAGCCGGGACAGGGAGCGAUAGCUGUCGCUGCGCCACCGCUGUGGCCGGAGGCUCCGCUGGCACCUGGCCUGACCUACCCUAAAGAUGACCCUGCUGGUCCCUGUGGUGUCCAGCCCCCGUACCCGGCUCUUUGCCUGUUUCCUCAGGCUGGGCACCCAACAGGCUGGCCCACUUCAGCUGCACACAGGAGCCAGCUGCGCAGCCAAGAACCACUAUGAGGUGCUGGUGCUGGGUGGGGGAAGUGGUGGCAUCACCAUGGCUGCCCGCAUGAAGAGGAAAGUAGGUGCAGACAAUGUGGCCAUCGUUGAGCCCAGUGAGACACAUUUCUACCAGCCAAUCUGGACGCUGGUAGGUGCUGGUGCCAAACAGUUAUCCUCAUCUGGUCGUCCCACAGCGAGUGUGAUUCCGUCCAGAGUAGAAUGGAUCAAAGCGAGAGUGGUUGAACUUAACCCAGACAAGAACUGCAUCCGUACAGACAAUGGCAAGGAGAUCUCCUACAAAUAUCUUAUCAUUGCUCUUGGAAUCCAGCUGAAUUAUGAGAAGAUUAAAGGCCUACCAGAAGGUUUCGAUCAUCCCAAAAUAGGGUCCAAUUAUUCAGUUAAGACGGUGGAGAAGACAUGGAAAGCUCUGCAGGACUUUAAGGAGGGCAACGCCAUAUUUACUUUCCCAAAUACUCCCGUGAAGUGUGCUGGAGCCCCACAGAAGAUCAUGUAUCUGUCGGAAGCCUAUUUCAGGAAGACGGGGAAGCGACCCAAAGCCAAUAUCAUUUUCAACACUUCUCUGGGAGCAAUUUUUGGAGUGAAGAAGUAUGCAGAUGCCCUGCUGAAGAUCAUCCAGGAGAGGAACCUCACUGUUAACUACAAGCAAAACCUUGUUGAAGUCCGAGCCGACAAACAAGAGGCUGUUUUUGAGAACCUGGACAAACCUGGAGAGACCCAAGUGAUCUCAUAUGAAAUGCUCCAUGUCACACCACCGAUGGGCCCGCCAGAUGUCAUCAGGACGAGUCCUGUGGCCGAUGCUGCUGGCUGGGUGGAUGUGAAUAAAGAAACUCUGCAGCACAAGAGAUACCCUAACGUGUUUGGGAUUGGGGACUGCACCAACCUGCCGACAUCAAAGACCGCUGCUGCAGUGGCUGCUCAGUCAGGAAUACUUGAUAGAACAAUUUCUCUGAUUAUGAAGAAUCAAACGCCAAUAAAGAAGUAUGACGGCUACACAUCGUGCCCGCUGGUGACGGGCUACAACCGCGUGAUCCUUGCAGAAUUUGACUACAAUGCCCAGCCUCUGGAAACAUUCCCCUUUGACCAGAGCAGAGAGCGCCUUACCAUGUACCUCAUGAAGGCUGACUUGAUGCCUUUCGUGUAUUGGAAUAUGAUGCUCAGGGGAUACUGGGGAGGACCAGCCUUCCUGCGGAAGUUGUUCCAUCUGGGUAUGAGUUAAGGGUGUUUCGACCCUUGCUCCCCUUGGAUGGCAUCUAGACCAAAAUCACACUCAUCGAUUGACCAAGAGUGGCACAAAGGACUCGGAACCUAGCCCUGUGAAGAAUUUACUCUGGAUGACGGUGACUAAAUGCCUCCUUUAUCAAUGUUUUUAAACAGCUGCCAUGUGGGCUUGAUUCUUUGGAAACAUUCAAAUGAAAGGGCAAACCUCUAUUUUCUAAAUAAAAGUUGGUUGUUGAUUGAGA